UCUUCUGAAAGUAUUCCGAUCUAAAUGGAAUUAGUUGAGAAAGCCCUUUGUGAAAGGAGUAGACAUGGUACAUGGGAACAGGUUCCUUCACGUUGUUGCAGGUCUUCUCGUGCUUGGGUUGUCUGGGGCAACAAAGAAGGAAACCGUGAAAAACAAUUCAGGAGUGCAGCCAGCAGGGCAGUGUGGAACCUGGGUGAAAGAACCAGAGGGAGGCCUCUUCACCUCACCCAAUUACCCAAACAAAUAUCCUCCAGAGCGAGAAUGCAUCUACAUCAUUGAAGCUCCCCCAAGACAAUGCAUUGAUCUUUUCUUUGAUGAAAAGUAUUCAAUAGAGCCUUCAUGGGAAUGUAAAUUUGACCAUAUUGAAGUCCGGGAUGGGCCCUUUGGCUUUUCUCCAAUAAUUGGACGCUACUGCGGCCAACAGAACCCUCCAUAUAUCAGAUCGAGCGGCCGUUACCUAUGGAUAAAAUUUGUUGCGGAUGGUGAAUUGGAAGCGAUGGGAUUUUCUGCAAGCUACAAUUUCACAGCAGAUCCUGACUUUAAAGACAUAGGAGUCCCCAAACCUCUUCCCUUUUGUGAAUUCGAUAUGGGAGGACCUGAAGGUAUCAUUGAAUCACAGCAGAUCACCAAAGACGGCAAAGCCUUGCAGACUGAGGCAGUGGACUGCAAGUGGUACAUCCGUGCCCCUCCUCGCUCCAAGAUCUACUUGCGUUUCCUAGACUACGAGAUGCAGAACUCCAACGAGUGUAAACGUAAUUUCGUGGCGGUGUACGACGGCAGCAGCUCGGUGGAAGACCUGAGGAAUAAAUUCUGCAGCACGGUGGCCAAUGACAUCAUGCUGGUGUCCACGCUGGGCGUGGUCCGCAUGUGGGCCGACGAGGGCAGCCGAAAGAGCCGCUUCCGGAUACUCUUCACUACCUUCCAAGAGCCUCCCUGUGAGGCAGAUACUUUCUUUUGCCAUAGUAACAUGUGUAUCAACAACACACUGGUGUGCAACGGAGUCCAGAACUGUGUCUACCCUUGGGACGAAAACCACUGCAAAGAAAAGCGGAAAGCCAACAUCCUGGACAACCUCAACAACACCAACGGCACCAUCAUUGGCGUAACAUGCUGCAUCGUACUGAUCCUCCUGGUCGUAUCAGUCAUCGUCCAAAUCAAGCAGCCGCGGAAGAAGUACAUCCUGAGGCGGGAGGACUUUGACCCCACCAUUUUCCAGGAGGUGUUCCAGGAGCCGCCGCAUUAUGAGCUCUGCACUCUCCGCAGCGCGGCAGCCACCUCCAGCCUGGCCGAGCUGGCCGAGGACUUUGAGAGCUACCACAAGCUCCGGCGCACCUCCUCACGCUGCGUCCACGAGCAUCACUGCGGGUCCUCGCAGCUGUCCAGCAGCAAGGGCAGCCGCACCAACCUGAGCGCCCGCGAGGCCACGGCCGCCAUCCUGACGGACCUCCCAUCGCAGCCCAUGCGGCCGCUUCCUCCCAAAACCAACAGCAGGAACAUUCUGGUAAUGAGACACACCUACUCACAAGAUGCCGCGGAUGCCUGUGACCUGGAUGAUGACCUGGAGGAAGUGCCCACCACCAGCCACAGGCUGUCCAGACAUGAGAAAGCAAUGCAGCGGUUCUGCCUCAUUGGGUCUCUAAACAAACAUGAAACUGAGUACAACACAACUAGGGUGUAACAGACAAUCUGAAGACUUCUUGAAAAUAGUGCAAUUCUGGAUCAGUAUGAACGGGCUUCAAUGAAAUAUGAAAAUGUGGACCGGAGAUAUACACCAGCAUGAUAAUAACAUGGACAUUUUAAAGAUAAAUGUAUC